AUGCAAAGUCUGACACCUGAAGAUCACUUCGCCCUGGGUGUGAAUGCUCAUGAAGAGGACCGUCUAGCACAGUCUACGGCUCACCUGCGUAUGUCAGCCGAGGGAGGUGAUCCCCGAGGUAUGCUUCUGUACGCAAUGGCACUUCGUCAUGGUUGGGGCUGCGCACCGAGUCCAGCACAGGCGGUUGAAUGGUUGCAGAAGGCUGCGGAAGGAGCAAGUUACGACAUUGCUGCUGGGGAGACACACGAAUCGAGCAGGGAGGGUCGCGCGAGUGCUGGACGUGCACAACUUGCACUUGCGAUAUUUGAGCUGGGGAUGUGUUAUGCCAAGGGUUGGGGUGUACCGAAAGAUAAGUCAAUCGCUCUGAGGUUCUAUGAAGUCGCUGCAUCAUGGGGAGAUGCGGAUGCCCAGGCCGAAGCUGGGUUCUGUUUAUUGAAUGGGAUUGGGUGUAAGCGGAACAAGUAUAAAAGUGCAGAGUACUACCGAAUGGCGGCAAAGCAGGGCGUGACCAUUCCAGGAAACUCUUGGAUCUUCAAGGACAAGUAUACCAAGGAGGAGAGGAAAGGAGACGAAGAGGAGUCAACAGGGACUCCAAAGAAGGAAAAGCGAUUGUUCUGGAAGAAGAAGGAUAAGGGAAAGGAUAAGGACAAGGACAAGGAGUAA